GUGUCUGACCCUGAGGUGCAGGUUGUAAAGCCGCCGCCCAAACGCAGACGCAUCCUCGACCCCUCAGCAAUUGUCCCGGUGCCAGUGUACUCCAACAAGGUGAGCAGCAGUCUGCAGCUGAAGCCAAUGGAUCCCGUGUUCACUAAAAAGAACACCACAGAGAACGUUUCAGACGACAGUUUGUGGUCAUCUCGAGAAACAAACGCAGUUGCCAUUGCCCUCAGCGACUCGGAGGAGGAGGAAGCAGAACAUGUGGAGAACAAAGCAGAACAUGGUGGACUAGACACUGCUCGCUCUCCGUCUCCUCCACCCCCCCAGAGUCUGGUCCAGAAACAGUCCAGUCAGGUCAAAAAGAAGAUCAGUGAGAUUGACAGGAGGCUCAAGGUGGUGAACUCCCUCAUGUCUCCAGAGCCACAGACCACGACCAGGUCCAGGCGCCGGCGGGGCCUCCGGUCUCCAGCGUUAGAAGAGGAACAAGAUGACGUCGUCAUUGUAACGAACCCUGACUCCGGCUCAUGGAGUUCAUUGUACAGCUCCUCGCUCCACGAGAUCUCCCUCAAGAUCCGCUGCAGAACAGACAUCCACAAGAUCCCUGUACUGUCAUCGACACCUUUAAGCAACGUGUUGGCCCAGCUGGCUGCCAUCCUUCAGGUCCCGCCCCCUCGCCUGCUGCUGUUGAGGCAGGAUGUUGAGCUUCCGAUAGAAUCCACAGUCGGAGAGAUCGGUCUCGGCAUCGCAGACAUCUUAGAGUGUGUCGUCAUGGCAGAAGAGGAGAAAAGCCAAGAAGCCGUUGUUGGCAGCGACGUCAUCACGGUUCGACUGCAGAGCAAAGAUCGAGACUCUUUGCAGGAGUUUUCUCUGCACAGGGACGCACCGCUGAGCUCCGUCUUCUCCCAGUAUCUGUCCACGAUGUCUGGCAGCGCUCAGAGUAAAGUCCGCUUCCACUUCGACGGCUCCAAAGUGACGCACAGCCAGACGCCAGCCCAGCUGGACAUGGAAGAUGGAGACAUCAUCGAAGUUUGGAUUUAAGCCUGUAGAUUAAUUUUGUAUCUUCUAUUAAAUGUAAAACAAAUAUAAAACCUUUUGCAGUAUUUCCUCUGGGAUUUUGUAGCAGCGAGGGGCGGCUGUGCAAUGUGUUGUUAUUUGUGUACCUCACAAACUCGAGUUUGAGUCAACAAAUCCAAAAUAAAACCGUCAGAACUGGAUCAGUCGCUGUUGCAAAAUGAUCGCAGUGGAAAAGAUGGAUUUUCUACAGAUUUUAUGUACGUUUUGUUUAGUGACUUUGUAAAAGUGACUUCAAGCUCCAGUGUGUAAGAUUCA